CAAAUAUAUGACAAGAGAAGAUCGCCAUGUUGAAUAUUAUUCAAUAACAUGGAGUAUAAAUAUAUAUUGAUAUUAAUAGUUAUAGUUUAUUUACCAGUACUAAUUACAGGUCAAUAUACUUUAAGAGGAGUUCCUGAAAGUUAUGCAGUGUUAGGUGAAAAUUAUAGAUUACAAUGUGAUGUUACAGAUUCACUUAGUGUUGUAGAUUUCCGUAGAAACAAUAUUGUUGUAUGUAAUAUGAUAAACUGUGGGAGUCAAUCAGAUAAUAGAUAUAAAUGUGGAUGUAUAAAUAAUAACAACAAACAACUAUAUCUCAAUAUAAGUAAUAUAAAUAAACAAGAUGAUACAACAUGGUCUUGUAGAGGUAAUUCUGGUGGACAAGGGUCAACUACUGUAUCGGUUUAUUAUGGUCCAGAGAAUACAAGAUUUAAUCCUAAUAGUGAUAAUAUAGAUGUUAUAGAAGGAAAGAGUCAGAGUGUCAACUGUUUAGCUGAUUGUAAUCCAGAUUGUAACAUCACCUGGUCUAAAGAUGGUUCAACAACAAUUCUAAAUAACCCUUUAUCACUUAGUACUAGAGAUCAAACUGGUUCUUAUAACUGUACAGUUAAACAUACUGUAUUAAAUAAACAACUUACAAAACAACUUAAUGUCCAGAUUUAUUGUAGAGAUGAAGCUAUAACAUAUAUUUCAGAUGGUCCUGAUAAACUUACUUUCUCACCAAAUGUAACAAGUAUCAAUAUAAUAGAAGAUGGUCCUGAUAAACUUACUUUCUCACCAAAUGUAACAAGUAUCAAUAUAAUAGAAGCUGGUCCUGAUAAAAUUACUUUCUCACCAGAUGUAACAAGUAUCAAUAUAAUAGAAGAUGGUCCUGAUAAACUUACUUUCUCAUCAGAUGUAUCAAGUAUCAAUAUAAUAGAAGGUGGAGAUCAAACUAUAACAUGUUUAACUGAUUGUUAUGAAUGUAAUUAUAAAUGGACUGGGCCAGUUUCAUCAUCAACUAAAGAUCUUGUAUUGACUCUAAUAAAAAGAAAUCAGGAAGGAAACUAUAGAUGUGAAGCUACCAAUAUUAAAAAUACCAACCCUAAAACAAGGUCUAAAUCUAUACAAGUUAAUGUACAUUGUCAAUAUACUAUAAUAGGAGUUCCUGAAAGUUAUGCAGUGUUAGGUGAAAAGUAUACAUUACAAUGUGAUGUUACAGAUUCACCUUCUAGUGUAGAGUUCCGUAGAAACAAUAUUGCUGUAUGUAAUAUGAUAAACUGUGGGAGUAGUUCAACAGAUAAUAGAUAUAAAUGUGGAUGUAUCAAUAAUAACAACAAAACACUAUAUCUCAAUAUAAGUAAUAUAAAUAAACAGGAUGAUACAACAUGGUCUUGUAGAGGUAAUUCUGGUGGACAAGGGUCAACUACUGUAACAGUUUAUUAUGGUCCAGCGAAAAUAAGAUUUAACCCUACUAGUGAUAACAUAGAUGUUAUAGAAGGAAAGACUCAGAGUGUCAACUGUUUAGCUGAUUGUAAACCAGAUUGUAACAUCACCUGGUCUAAAGAUGGUUCAACAAAAAUCCUAAAUUCCCCUUUAUCACUUAGCGCUAGAGAUCAAACUGGUUCUUAUAACUGUACAGUUAAACAUACUGUAUUAAAUAAACAACUUACAAAACAACUUAAUGCUCAGAUUUAUUAUGGGCCCGAUGAACUUACUUUCUCACUAGAUGUAACACGUAUCAAUAUAACAGAAGGUAGAAAUCAAACUAUAGCAUGUUUAACUGAUUGUUAUGUAUGUAAUUAUAAAUGGACUGGACCAGUUUCAUCAUCAAGUAAAGAUCUUGUAUUGACUGGAAUAAAAAGAAAUCAGGAAGGAAACUAUAGAUGUGAAGCUACCAAUAUUAAAAAUACCAUCUCUAAAACAAGAUCUAAAUUUAUACAAGUUAAUGUACAUUAUCAACCUGAAAUAACCAGUAUGACAUCUGAUGCCGUAACUGACGAAGGUGAUGAAGGUUCUGAUGUUAUGUUUAACUGUAAUGUUAAUAGUAAACCGGUAUCUACUAUAACCUGGUCAUCUUCUACUAGUACUGAUACUAACAUUGGUCAACAGUGGACAUUAACUCAAGCUAAAUGUCAGGAUACAGGAAUCUAUACAUGUACAGCUAAUAAUGGUAUUGGUCAAUCAACUUCUAAAUUACCAUUAAAUAUCAGAUGUAAGUCUAUAUUUAGUCAGUAUACUAUAAUCUAUACAUGUACAACUAAUAAUGGUAUUGGUCAAUCAACUACUAAAUUACCAUUAAAUAGCAGAUCAAUCUAUACAUGUACAACUAAUAAUGGUAUUGGUCAGACAACUACUAAAUCUUUACCAUUAAGUAUUAGAUGUUCACCAAGAAUUAAUGGUGAUUUAAAAGAUGAAGUAAUGAAUAGAUUAGGUGAAGAAGUUACAUUACUUAUUGAUGUUAUAGCCUAUCCUAAACCUAGUUUUAAAUGGAUACAAGAAUCAACAGGACAAGAAUUAACACCAGAUACAACUCAACAACUAGCUAUCAAUAAUUAUAGUUCAAGUUUAACAGUCACAAUACAACAAUCAUCAUUUGGUAACUACAUUGUUACUGUUAAUAAUGGUAUAGGUGAUGAUAAAAGUUACACUAUAAAGAUUAUUGAUGGAGAUCCUAUAACAAAGGCGGAUCCUAAUGAACAACCUGGAUAUCAGGAGGUUUUAGGAACUGGUAUUGGAAUUGGUAUUGGAAUAUCUGCUGUUAUUGUAAUUCUGGUUUUACUGACCAUAUUUAUAUAUAGAAAACAUUAUCCAGCCAAUAAGAAAUUACCAAACGAAAGUUAUGCAACGUUUUCUAAUAGAAAUCCUGAAGAUGGUCCAGAGAAUAUAAGAUUUAAUCCUAAUAGUGAUAAUAUAGAUGUUAUAGAAGGAAAGAGUCAGAGUGUCGACUGUUUAGCUGAUUGUAAACCAGAUUGUAACAUCACCUGGUCUAAAGAUGGUUCAACAACAAUUCUAAAUAACCCUUUAUCACUUAGUACUAGAGAUCAAACUGGUUCUUAUAACUGUACAGUUAAACAUACUGUAUUAAAUAAACAACUUACAAAACAACUUAAUGUUCAGAUUUAUUAUGGUCCUGAUAAACUUACUUUCUCACCAGAUAUAACAAGUGUCAAUAUAAUAGAAGGUAGAGAUCAAACUAUAUCAUGUUUAACUGAUUGUUAUAAAUGUAAUUAUAAAUGGACUGGACCAAUUUCAUCAUCAACUAAAGAUCUUGUAUUGACUCAAAUAAAAAGAAAUCAGGAAGGAAACUAUAGAUGUGAAGCUACCAAUAUUAAAAAUACCAACCCUAAAACAAGACCUAAAUAUAUACAAGUUAAUGUGCAUUAUCCACCAUAUAUAACCAGUAUAACAUCUGAUGCUGUAAAUAACGAAAUUGAUGAAGGUUCUGAUGUUAUAUUUAACUGUAAUGUUGAUAGUAAACCAGUAUCUACUAUUACAUGGUCAUCUCCUACUAGUACUGAUACUUACACUGGUCAACAGUGGACAUUAACUCAAGCUAAAUGUCAGGAUACAGGAAUCUAUACAUGUACAGCUAAUAAUGGUAUUGCUAAUAAUGGUAUUGGUCAAUCAACUACUAAAUUGCCAUUAAAUAUUAGAUCUAACAGUAGUAUUGGUCAAUCAACUACUAAAUCUUUACCAUUAAAUAUUAGAUGUUCACCAAGAAUAAAUGGUGAUUUAAAAGAUGAAGUAAUGAAUAGACUAGGUGAAGAAGUAACAUUACUUAUUGAUGUUAUAGCCUAUCCUAAACCUAGUUUUAAAUGGAUACAAGAAUCAACAGGACAAGAAUUAACACUAGAUACAACUCAACAAGUAGCUACCAAUAAUUAUAUUUCAAGUUUAACAUUCACAAUACAACAAUCAUCAUUUGAUCCUGGAACAAAACCGAUUUCUGUAGAAGAAACUUUAUAUAAGGAAUGUUUAGGAACUGGUAUUGGAAUUGGUAUUGGAAUAUCUGUUAUGUGUUUAUUGCUGGUUUUACUAACAAUAUUUAUAUAUAGAAAAUAUCAUCCAGCCAAUAAGAAAUUACCAGAAGAAAGUUAUGCAACGUUUUCCAAUAGAAUUCCAGAAGAUAGAACAUAUGAAGAUUUAAAUACUCGUCCUGAAGUUAAUGAUAACAAUCAACAUAAUUCUGGAGAUGUAAAAGAAUAUGAAAAUCUGAGAGGAAAUUGAAUAUAACAUACAGUAAUAUUUGUUAAGAAAAUUCUUCGCCCAUUCCAAAAUGCCGUCUGGAAGCAGUGAAAAGUACGUUUAGAUAAAGGGCAAGUUCACUUUGGAAUUCGUUAUCCACAUCUCUUAAAUUGUCCUCUGGAUUAUGCUGUUUUAAAGAUGGACUAAAGAAGAAACUGGUACCUAGUUCAAAAUAAUUUUUUUUCAUGAUAUAAUUUAUACUUGUCUGAUAAUUUUGUAAUAACUCUGUUCACCAUAUUCAUGACAAUUCUCCUUGUAUAUUAUAUAUAUUAAUUGUAGUAAGAUAGUGGAUUUUAUCUUCUGCUGUUAUCUCUCAAGGUCCAUUUUGAUAGUAUUUUUCAUCUUAAGAUUCAUACUAUUUUGUGAAAAAUAUCUAAUUUUGACACAUUAUUUACAUUAGAUUCAAAUUGGACACGGUUGUGCAAAAAUAUCUACAUGAGAAUAAAGAUUAGACUACAUUC